UUUUAAGGUUGGCAACCCUGGUUUAAGAACGACUGUCUGUACAUAAAAAUAAAAACAUCAUUACCUACCUUUUUUCUGAUAUUACUGUACCGAUUUUCAUAAAAUUUUGCAUAUAAAUAGUGUGGAUUACGUAAAAAGACCAAAUAUUUUCACAGAUCUACAUGGUUUAUAGUAUCGAAAUAUUACACAUGUAAAAUGCCCAAUCAAGGGCAAACCCAAAUUGUUACCCGCUCUAAGCUGUGUAUAAUUGCUCUAAGUUUGAUUUUUGGUAUCAUAUUUGUAGCAGUAGGUGCCAAAUUGAUUCAGCGAUCUAGCAGAACUGAAUCAAAAGAACUUGUUAUUGACUAUACUAACUGUAUGCAACAUGUGUUCAAUCAAGUUGGGAUCCGUUGCAUUGACUACAAACUCCCAGAUCCUGUGUGUGUAUGCCAACAAGCUUUUGAAGUGCCAGAACCACUUAUUGGAGAUGUUGUUUUGUACUACGAAUUGGAUUCAGAUGUACAGUCAAAAGAAUCUUAUUUGAAGUCCAGAGAUGACUUACAACUAUCAGGACAGCUGUCGCAAGAGCCCGCGGCACAAUGCGAGCCCUAUAGAUACGACAAUGGAAAGCCAAUAGCGCCAUGUGGAGAAAUAGCUGAUACUCUGUUUACUGAUAAGUAUUGGCUUAGGCGGCCUUACGAAGACGCCAUGAACGUUUCCUAUGAUGGAAUGUUAAAGCACAAAGGAAAUUAUCGUAACCCACAGUGGAAUAACUCGUAUCCCCUUGAAAAAGUAUUCAAAGAUUUCGCAAAACCAAAAAGUUGGACGCAUAAUAUAUGGGAAUUAGACACUGCCAACGUGAAUAACAAUGGAUUUGAGAAUGAGAGGUUUAUCGGUUGGAUGGACACAACUUUGAAACGUAAACCAGCUUGGCGCCUUGACUCAUCUUACGAAGGACUACAAAAUGGCUCUUAUGUCCUGCGAAUCGAAUACAGUUAUCCGCCAUCCAAAUACAACGGAACCAGAAAAGUAGUAUUCGUUUCCAGUCGUUCAUUUCAAGACUCAAGCUCAUACGGCGGAGGCAUCGCUAUGGUAGUCAUAGGAGUUUUAUCUCUAGUAAUCUUCUUAGCAGCGAUCGCCUUUAUAACUUUUAUAUAUUGGAGUAAUCGCGGCAAAGAAACGGAACGCGACAAAGAAACGGAACAUAAUGACGCAAUUGGAGGGCUGAUGAAUUUAUAGAAAAUAAAUGUGGAUAAACAAUUAUUGUGUAUUUGACUUGUUCACAGAGUAGGCAAAAAUAAUAAUUUAUCUUCUCCCAAAACGCUUGAAUUUUUUAAGUGCGAAAGUGCUUCAUUGCCAAAUAAUUGCAUUUAUAAUUAAGUUACAUAGGUACUUUGUUUUAGUUAAUGCCAAUUGAUACUUUAAUAAACUUCAAUAUAUUUUCAAUGCCUAGGUUUUGUUAGGAUGGAUUUGAUCCAAGAAGUGCGUAAUAUUCAUCGUAAUUUAAAAUGUAUUUAUAUUUGAUAUGAACAUUUUUUUAAUAUAAUAUGUGCACAUGUAAUUAAGCUAAUGACUUAAUGUACCUUUUAAUAUUAUUAAGCGGCCUGAACAAAAAUGCACUAUUUUAUUCACCGUAAUAUUUGUAUUAAAAACGUAAUUUAAGAAAAAACUUAUUUGUAUUCAUGGUUAUUCAAGUUCAUUCAAGGAGUUAUGUACACUUAACACUUCAGCUGCCUUGAAACCUAACUGCCUUUUGUUUAUAGGAAAAUGGGGUCAUGUUUCUCUGCAGUUGAGCUUACCAUGUGUACAGGUUAAGUAAAACUACCAAAGAUAAAGUACAUCAUUGUAUAGUCUUAAUAUAAUAUACUCACGUCUGAUUUUAUUCUAUAAAAAUAAUUCAUCGUUGUUGUUUUCUAAGUUAUCGUUGAAUUACUAUCACAGACAGUCGUAUUCAGUUCGUACAUUGCCUGA